AGACGCUGCUCACAAGAACCGGGCACGUCGACACGCGCACAGUUUCUCUGUUUCCCGGCCUGGUUUGUGGUUUCCCCGUACCGUGGGCUUGGCUUCUACCCGUGGUGGACCGUGGACGACAGUAGCCGCAAAAUGAACAGAACUGCCAAGCGGCUGUCAAAAUCGGGCCGGGGAAGGUGCGGCAAUGGUGCGGAAGCUCGUCUCUGUGUGUGGAACUGUGGAUGGAAAAACCGUAAAAGUAGACUAGAUACAAGCUAAAUGAGUGAACCUAUACACUAAAAGUAGACUAGAUACAAAAAAAAGUGAGUUAACCUUUAAAAUAGCUAAACAUCUUACAUUUCUGCACGGAGGGAGUAGAUUCUGAAUGGUAUGUCCGGUUGAAUCCUACAUGAUUUGGAGCUUACGGAGAAUUUCUAUAUAGAGUAAAUUACACCCGAAGUCCACCAUCUUGCACCCAAUGUGAUAGUUUGGUCCACCAUCUUGCAAACCGUGAGACCGCCGUCCACAAACUUGUGAUUUGCGUGAUGGUUUGGUCCUGACCAAUCAGGAGGCGACGCGUGGAUGCCAGGUUGUUCUUGUCGCUCGUGCACGGUUUUGCUAAUACCCCCCUGGGAAAUUGCUGCACCGUGUUUUGGUCCAUCCCCUGUUGCUUCUCUGUUUCAUCCCCAACCAAGCUAGGUCGUAGACGGCGACGGCGGCGGCGAUUUGCACGGCGACGGCGACGUAGUGCUGGGUGGCGUAGUGGCGGAGGCUGGGCGAGGGAGCGCUUGGAGGCUGAGCGGGGGAGUGUUGUCUGCAAGGUCACCGGAGGCGAUGGCGCCGAAAGGGGGCGCGUCGGCCGUCGAUGCCGGCGGUAGCGGUGGCGGAAGCACGUGGGCGGAGGAGGAGUGGAAGGAGACCUCCGUCGUGUACUACCAGGCAUCGCCGAGGAGGACGUCGUCGAGCACAAGGACUACCAGGCAUCACCAGGAUAAAAUAGAAGAUGUAAACCAGGUGCAUCAUAGAAGAUUGAAUGUGAGGGAAAUUGAGGAAGAAAAUAUGCUCCUUUUAAUGAGAUUGAAUGAAUUAGAGGAUGAAGUAAGGAAGAGGAAGGCAGAGAAGAAGGCUAUGCAAAUAGAACAUAGGGAGGAGCUUAGAAAUAGAGAUAGGAGAGAGUUCUUGUUUCUCAUAAUUGUAGCUAGUUGUGUAGCCUUGUAUGUUCUUUCUGCUUUGAUGAAGGGCUUUCAUUGAGUCAACAUGUACUGUUUAUAUGAUGAAAUAAAAUUUCCUUGAG